AAGCUUCAGUCCCGUCACUUCCUGCAUCCAGCCGCCGAAACAUCAGUGUGUGUUUGUUUCAUGAAUGCAUGAAAGGUGCUUAUACUGUGUCAUACCAGCAAUCACGGGAACAUUUGGCGCGUGAAUCGACACUGUCGGCGCGCGAAUGAUGGUCGCACACAUGGCACAUUAUGGAGAAACGACACCACAACUGGACGAUGCUCAGAAUGGAGAUUUGACCCCAUCAGAUGUGAAGGACCAACCGACUGAAAGUUCUCACAGCAGCUCAGAUAGUACAGGCACAUCAACAGAGGAGAGCUCAGAGGAAGAGGAGGCCAAUGAAGAGGAAGACCAAAACGUUUCAGACUCAGGAACACAACCCAGUGCAGAGCAUCACAGUGAUGAGCAGCUGAAGUCAUGCUGUGAGAAGUGUUCAGCUCUUAAGAAUCCCAAAUAUGAGCUGGUCACCCCCAGGAAAAUGUCCCGAGAACGCCUGCAGCUGCAGUUGGAUGGUGAGGGUGUGUAUGAGUGUUCACACACUGGACUGGUGUUUGAAGUCUCUCAGCGGGUGAAGAUCAUGUACCGCGUUCUCUCCUGGAGCAAGUACAGCACCUACUUGAGUGACUCAUGGAAGUUUGCUGGGCCCAUUUUUGACGUAGAUUGUGAUCCAUCAAUUCUCAGAUCUGUCCAGUUCCCGCACUCGUUGUGUCUGGCAGAUAAAGCCAAUGAGGUGACGUUCAGCGUGCUGCAUGUGAAGAACAGUCGCGGUCUGAUCGAACCAUCGGCCGAUCACUCGGCCAGUCACGUCAAAUGGAAGGUGUCGUCUCUUUCUCCCGUGGGUCCCAUCGUCCAGACGUCUAAAGCAGCAGAGCAUCAUGGGGUCGUUCUGGUGUUUAAAGAGGUCGGCCAGGAGAAAACUUUCUCUUUUAAAGUUUACCUGGCAGGAAACAACUGCUCUGAGGUCAAGAACAUCAAAAAGGAUAUUCAGCGAGCAAACAAAUGUAGGAACAACAAAAAGUAUGUACAAGUAUACAAGCCACCUACAUGCAUACUAGAAGAGAACAGGAAGUACCGGCUCACCAGCGACCCGGUCGGCCACAUCACACCAGAGGACAUGUUGUUCAGCCCUGCAAUCGUGGAGCUGAAGGGAUACUUCGAAGUGUUCUUUGAGGAAAGUCCUCCGUUCAAGCUCUCUUUAAUUGAUGAUGAAUCUAGUCAUACUGUAUGGACCGCCACCAUCAGAGAGGGAGACUGUGUGCACAAUCUGGAUGAAACCCCCCGGAAACAAACUCAAGGCACAAAGAGACACAGCAGCACAUCACAGGAAGAACUCGAUUACAAGCCCAAUAAGAAAGCUCGCUACGUUGACGAGUCGGAUUGCAAGAAGGCCGUGGCUGCAGACCUCACUGACCAGCAGCUGAUGCAGGUGGCCAAGCGAAUGGGGAAAGAGUGGAGGAUCAUGGCCAUCAGCUACCUCAGCCUCAGUAAACAGGAUCUGGAGGAGCUGGAAGCGGCAGAGGAGGAUGUGACCAUGCUCAAGUUCAACAUGCUGGACCGCUGGAGAAGACGACAACCCAAAGGACAGGCGGGAAUCCAUGAGCUUCAUACAUGUUUGAAAGACAACGAUGACGUGCCCAAUGAAGUCAUCACUGUGGUGGACGAGAUGCUACGAAAUAAUCCAGCUAAAUGAAUCCGAUAGCAGAGACAUGAACUAUGAGAUAUGAGAACCUGUCUGGAGUCUUACUGUCUGUGGACAUCUGCUGACCUUUGACCUCCCAACAUCCAGUAAACAAUCAGCAGUUGUACAAAACUUUUAGAAAUGUCAUUUUUAACCACUGUUUUUUAGUUAGAGAAACCAAUGAAAAGGGUUCAAAGGGUCAGUCGUGUGUAUCUGAACACAAGGCUUGUGGUGAUACUACAAUCUGGUGCUGUUUACAUCUCAAAAAAUCUGAACAUCAGUACAUUGUUACUCUGUAUGUUUGUUGUUGCUUUCAUGUUUAGUCAUUUUUGUAGAUGUUGUACAUAUUUUAUCGUUGCACUACUGCACAAUUGUUGUUUACUGAAUCUUGAGCCCUGAUGAUAAUGUGCAGAUGUUUCAUGUGUUUUUAGACACUUAUUGUGAUCUCAUGCCAUGAUGCAGUGCUGUUAUGACUGAUGUUACAGUAAUACUUCAAUAUACACUCACUGAGCACUUUUUUAUGAACACUGUGGUCCUUAUAAAGUGCCUGACGUGGUCUUCUGCUGUUGUAGCCCAUUCGCCUCAAGGUUCGACAUGUGCAUUCUGAGAUGAUAUUCUUCUCAACACAAUUGUACAGAGUGGUUAUCUGAGUUACCGUAGACUUUGUCAGUUCAAACCAGUCUGGCCAUUCUCUGUUGACCUCUCUCAUCAACAAGGUGUUUCUAUCCACAGAACUGCCGCUCACUGGAUGUUUUUUGUUUUUGGCAACAUUCAGAGUAAAUUCUAGAGACUGUUGUGUGUGAAAAUCCCAGAAAUACUCAAACCAGCCCAUCUGGCACCAACAAUCAUGCUAUGCUCCAAAUCACUUUUUUCCCAUUCUGAUGGUUGUGAACAUUAACUGAAGCUCCUGACCCGUAUCUGCUUGCUUUUAUACAUUACACUGCUACCACACAAUUGGCUGAUUAGAUAAUCAAAUGAAUAAGUAGAUGUGCAGGUGUACAGUGAGUGUAUCAUCUCAUGAAAUUCAUGUAAGCUCCAAUGCAAAAACAUAGCCACAUUUUAAAAUAAAGGAACUUUCCAGAUGUACUUGAAAAUGGAUUAAUUGAAAGUAUGUUUUUAAGAUUGGUGACAUUGUUUGAGAAUAUUUUUGUAAAAGGGCUCCAUCAGUUUCUUUAUCAUUCUCACCUGUAUGAUGUGCAUUCUCAGGAGAAUCUUUGUAUUUUUGAGGGAAUUAGAUUAUCAUCAAUGUAAACUACUAUGUAAAUAAAUUAUUUUGAAGAAGUGGUGAAACAUCAUUUUUUUCAAGCCUUUCAAGGCUACUGUAAUGGAUGAAUCUCACGAAACCUGUAAAGAACAUAUUUUCAGUACCAUUAAGAUUAUUUACAUGACACAUUUUUUUAUAUUA